AUGAACUAUCAACGUGGAGGAAGCAUGAAUGCCAUGGAGUUCGACAAUCUCGUUAUCUCAGCAGGGCCGUGGAGUCCGCGAGUGCUGUCUACGCUCUUUCCAUGGUCUGAGAUAUCCAUCCCUUUUGAUUUGGCUCAUGCUGCCGGCAAUCACCUGCUUGUCAGGGCUCCACGCUGGAAACCCGAAGAUGAUGAGGACGGAUGUGACCAACUUUACCUGGCCGGGAUUUUGAAUCGCACCCUAGACAUUUCGAGCUAUUUAGGAGGCACUUUCUAUGUCGGCGGCUAUGACGGAUUUGUGUACCAGAAUCUGGACAUUGCCAGGGGUGAAGCUCUCGAGGUGAUCAGCGUGGGGCGUUGUUAUCGACCAAUGGUCGAAAUGAGACAUCCCGUCAUCACCCAGCUACCACUGGAGCAACUCAUGGGUCCACAAAAAGUACCGAGCAAUAUCAAAGGAUCCUUCUAUCUCAACACCGGACACGGAAGUGAUGGCAUUACGCUUGGGCCGGGUAGUGGGAAGGUCAUGAGCGAUCUCAUUGCUGGCAGGAAACCUGCUGUCGACAUCUCAAGGCUUGGUCUCACAGAAUGA